AUGGAGCCUCUAAUCCUCAUCAUCGCAACAGAAAACGCCUACUUCAACACCACGCCAUUUGAUCAAGAAGGCUACACCGUCACGCACAUCCCCCGCGCCACCCAGCGCGACCUCGAAGACGCAACCGAUAACAUCGAGCCUCACCUUAAGUAUGCCAUCAUUGCCUUUGGCACGGCUGCAACACACGCACUCUCGCUGGCCACCUCCAGCAUUCACUCCCUCGCCUGCGUAGUUGCCUACUACCCACCUAUUCUCCCCCCCUCCUUCAAAGUACACUCCACCAUCCAAGCCCUCAUCCACCUCCCGAAGGACACGCCCUUCUCCCCCGCCAGCAAACCCCCGCACAUCCUCAUCAAAUCCUACCAAUCCCCCUCCGGAUUCGCCGAGUCAUCAUCCCCCACCUACGACGCCAUCGCCUCCAGCAUCGCCUACACCCGCACGCUUGAGCUCCUCCGCCGCACCGUUGGCCCCAUUGUCGACCAUGACGAUGUCUGGGAGCGUCAUCUAAUCGCUGAGUUUGUCGAACGGGACGCUGACAAGACGCUGACCACAAUGAUUGACGAGCCAUACGUGAAUCACGUCCCGACGGGUGCGGGAGGGAUUGGGUACAAGGAGUUGCACGCCUUCUACACCGAGCACUUCAUACCGCGGAACCCGCCGAGCCUACGCAUGAAGCCUGUGUCGAGGACAGUGGGUGCUGAGAGGGUGGUUGAUGAGCUGGUUGUGACUUUUAGGCAUGAUCAGGUCGUGGACUGGAUGUUGCCGGGGGUGCCACCGACGGGGAGGGAGGUGGAGGUGGCGUUGGUCGUAGUUGCCCGGCUGCGCGGGGGGAAGCUUGUGAGUGAGCAUAUCUACUGGGAUCAAGCUACAGUGCUUGUACAGAUCGGCCUGCUCGAUCCAAAGCUGCUGCCAGUUAUGGGAGCGGAGUCAGCAAGGAAGGUGCUGGAUAAAGACUCGCUCAAGAAUAAUCUCUUAAUUCCUGAGUGGAAGGCGCCGAAAUAA